AGGGCGGUUUAGGCUGCUAGGCUGCACAGUGUAGAUAUGAAAGUUUUCAAUUCACAGCAACAUGUCUGAGACAGAAGAUGAUUUUGCAACUGGAAACCCUAAACUCAAUGAAUUGCCCGAUCAGUCCAGUGUGGUGAGGAAGGCUGUAGAGAUUAUAAGGCAGAGAGCACAGGCUGAGAGUGGUCAUUGGCCGCUGGGCUUGUCUGAUGAUUUCUUGCUGAGGUUUCUAAGAGCCAGGGACUUCUACAUAGACCAGGCAUUUAGGCUAUUAAAAAACUAUCAUAAAUGGAGAGAAGAGUGCCCAGAAAUAACUGCAGAUUUGCGGCCCUCUCCUGUUCUCGAUCUCUGUCGUGCUGGCUACCAUGGGGUUCUGAAGACAAGAGAUGAUUUAGGAAGUAAAGUUCUUAUUUAUAGAAUUGCACAUUGGGACCCAAAGCAGUUCACAGCAUAUGAGGUGUUUCGUGUAAGUCUAAUAACGUCAGAGCUAAUAGUAAAGGACAUAGAGACGCAAAGGAAUGGUGUGAAGGCCAUAUUCGAUCUCCAAGGGUGGCGGCUUGUACAUGCAUUUCAAAUUACCCCAAUGAUAGCCAAAAGAAUUGCUGCAGUGAUGACAGAUUCAUUCCCAUUAAAAGUUCGUGGAAUACAUCUUAUAAAUGAACCUUUGUUCUUUCAUCCUGUCUUUUCAUUAAUUAAACCAUUUCUUCCUGAGAAAAUAAAACAGCGGAUACACAUGCAUGGGAACAACUAUUUAUCAAGUCUCCACCAACACUUCUCAGAGAAUAUUCUUCCGCCAGAAUAUGGAGGAACCGGACCAUCAAUGAAAGAACUUUGUGAAGAAUGGACAGAUUACAUGAUGAGCUCAGAAGAUUACCUUCUUAGUAUAUCUCAGGACUUAUAACAAACACUGAAUAACUAUGCAAGUCAGCUUUCUAAUUAACUGACCAAAAGCUUCUGUUUAUAGCAUUAUAAUUGGACAUCUGACUUUAAUUGUGUCAGUGGUUUUGUGAAAUAUUUUGACUAAUUCAGCUUAUUGCGUAUACAUUAGUGGAACAUGUGACAAGUGCACACAAGGAUCUACAAAUUAUGGAGUUUAUUAAGAGAUUUGGGACAAUGACAGUAAGAACACCCUGGAUUCAAAGCUUCAGUUUUACUAUGUAGCCCUUGUUGCUUGAUCUAUAGGUGAUUCAAUGACUAUGCAUAAGAUUUUGGCUAAUAUCUGCUGUCAAAAUUUGUUUUGGUGGUAUUGCAAUGAGUUUAGUUACUGUAGAAUUUGACAUUGCAGUGUCAGCACCAGUAAACAAUAUUUGUUCAACUUAAAAUACUGGAAAAUAUGCACUUUAUUUCAGACUAGUUAAAAACAUUAGUACAUUUUAGAUGCAUGUGACUGCUCUUUAUAUGUCUGCGUCUUUUAAAGGGAUACUAAACCCAAUUUUUUUCUUUCAUUAUUCAGAUAGAGCAUGCAAUUUUAAGCAACUUCCUAAUUUACUCCUAUUAUCAAUUUUUAUUUGUUCUCUUGGUAUAUUUUAUACAUUUAGCCACCAAUUAGCAAGCACUACCCAGGUGCUAAACCAAUAAUGGUCCGGCUCCUAAGCUAACAGUCCUGCUUUUCAAAUAAAGAUACCAAGAGAACAAAGACAAAUUGCUAAAAGGCGUAAAUUACAAAAGUUGCUUAAAAUUGCAUGAUCUUUCUGAAUCAUGAUAGAAAGAAUUUGGGUUCAGUAUCCCUUUAAAGCUAUGUUAGACAGUAAACUUUAACGCAUAUGUAUCUUUUCGGUUGAAAGAAAAUGUAUUGCCUAGGAAUUCUGUUAAAUGCUGUAGUUGACUAAGACACAAUGAUAACCAUGUCUCUCAUGAGAAUUAAUUUAGAAACUUGUAAAAAUGUAUUUUUAUAGGAACAUUCUAAAAGAAGAAUAUAAUGCUCAAAGUCAUUGUUUCUCAACCGCGGUCCUCAAGUACCCCCAACAGGCCAGGUUUUCAUUAUAGCUCAACCAGUACACAGGUGAAAUAAUCAGCUUAUGGGUGAGAGCAGGUUAGUAACCAUGGUGUUACUGAUCAGCUGAUGACUUCACCUGUGCACUGGUUCAGCUAUAAUGAAAACCAGGCCUGUUGGGAGUACUUGAGGAAUGCGGUUGAGAAACACUGCUCUAAGUCAUUAGAGCAUUUUAUUUUAAUACUGCUGCCCUUUGAAAACAAUGGUCUGGAUUCCAUUGGUGGUAUUACAGGAAUACUAAAGUCAAAAUUAAACUUUCAUGAUGCAGAGCGAGCACACACUUUUAAACAACUUUGCAAUUCACUUCCAUUAUCAAAAUGUGCAUGUAUACACAAAUAUACACACACACACACAUAUUUAGACAUUCAAACACAUUAUCAUAUACCAUAUACCUUUUAACCCUUAUAAAAAUGUGUUAUUAAUAUUUACAUUAAUAAUUUGUAUUAUAUAGUAAAUAUAUGAGUGUAACAGUUUACUUUAAUGCAUUUAUGUUGUGUUUGGUGCACAUUUUAGCCCUAACCCUUUACGCAAGGUCUUCAGUUUCGUUAAAGGGACACUAAACCCAAAUUUGUUCUUUCAUGAUUCAGAAAGAGCAUGCAAUUUUAAGCAACUUUCUAAUUGACUCCUAUUAUCAUGUUUUCUUCGUUCUCUUGCUAUCUUUAUUUGAAAAGCAGGAAUGUGAUGCAUAUGAGCCAGACCAUUUUUGGUUGAGAACCUGGGUUAUGCUUGCUUAUCGGUGGGUAAAUAUAAGCCUCCAAUAAGCAAGUACUAUCCAUGGUGCUGAACCUAAAAUGCGCUGGCUGCUAAGAUUUACAUUCCUGCUUUUAAAAU